UACCGGUGAUAGCAGCAGGCACUGUCUUUGUUGAGAAUCUCAAACAAGCAAUAGAUCUUGAUAGUGCUGUUAAAGCAACCAUGAAGGCUUCAAACAAGAUCAGUACCGGGACCUUUAGCACGGUUUACAAGGCUGUUAUGCCGUCUGGGCUAAUCAUAUCUGUGAAGAGACUGAAAUCUAUGGACAGGACAAUCAUUCAUCACCAGAAUAAGAUGAUCCGAGAGCUCGAAAGGCUGAGCAAACUCUGUCAUGAUAACCUAGUGCGUCCUAUCGGAUUUGUUAUUUACGAGGACGUUGCUCUCUUGCUGCAUCAUUACUUGCCCUAUGGGACAUUAUGUCAGCUUCUUCAUGAAUCCACAAAGCUGCCCGAAUAUGAACCUGACUGGCCAAAAAGACUCUCUAUUGCCAUAGGAGUAGCAGAAGGGUUGGCUUUCCUUCACCAUGUAGCGAUUAUCCAUCUCGAUAUUUCUUCUGGUAAUGUUCUUCUGGAUGCUAACUCCAAUCCUUUGGUUGGAGAGAUUGAGAUAUCGAAGCUCUUGGAUCCAUCCAGAGGUACAGCCAGUAUCAGCGCGGUUGCAGGCUCCUUUGGCUACAUUCCUCCAGAAUAUGCAUAUACAAUGCAAGUUACAGCGCCUGGAAAUGUCUAUAGCUAUGGUGUUGUUUUGCUUGAGAUCCUUACAACCAAAUUACCAGUAGAUGAAGCCUUUGACGAGGGGGUAGAUUUGGUGACGUGGGUGCAUAAUGCUCCGGCAAGAGGCGAAACCCCGGAGCAGAUUCUUGAUGCAAGGCUCAGCACUGUGUCCUUCGGUUGGAGGAAAGAAAUGCUUGCAGCACUGAAGAUUGCUUUGCUCUGCACUGACAGCAUACCUGCCAAACGUCCGAAAAUGAAGAAGGUUGUGGAAAUGCUGGAAGAAAUCAAGAAAAACUGAUGGAUGGUAAGUCAUUUGAGUCUUCUAUGCCCUGAACGCAUCAAUCGUAUCAUCCAUCUGGUUGUUCGCGGUGUUCAAGGAAUGAAGUGAAAAGGCGGUUGUAAUCGGUUCGCGUUGAAGCAGGAAGAGGGGGUGGAUGAAUGCAGGGAAAGUCCUCCCACUGGAAAGGAUUAGUCUAAGUUUCUGUUUACAUAUUAGGUCCAUAUCAUAUGUUGUAGUUCCUGGUUUUUGAGAUUUAUAUGUGAAGGUGCAUGUUAUGGCUUCUCAUUCAAUCAAGUUCACACCCUUUUGCAAUGAAAAA